AUCUUCUGGAUCUAACAAGGACUGCUUUCAUUAAAGAAAAACCUUCCUUAUCCUUUUUCAUGAAACUGAGCUUGCUUAAUCAGAGAUGGAGCAAACAGACUGCAAACCUUAUCAGCCUCUGUCCAAAGUCAAGCAUGAAAUGGAUCUAGCUUAUACCAGUUCUUCUGAUGAGAGCGAAGAUGGAAGAAAACCAAGACAGUCAUUCAACUCCAGAGAAACUCUGCAUGAGUAUAACCAAGAACUGAGGAGGAAUUACAAUAGCCAGAGUAGAAAGAGGAAAGAAGUGGAGAAAUCUACUCAAGAGAUAGAAUUCUGUGAAACACCUCCUACUUUGUGCUCUGGCUAUCAGACAGACAUGCACAGUGUUUCUCGGCAUGGCUACCAGCUAGAGAUGGGGUCUGAUGUGGACACAGAGACAGAAGGUGCUGCGUCACCUGACCAUGCGCUCAGAAUGUGGAUAAGAGGCAUGAAGUCAGAGCAUAGUUCCUGUCUGUCCAGCAGGGCGAACUCUGCAUUGUCCUUGACUGACACUGACCAUGAACGGAAGUCUGAUGGGGAAAAUGGUUUUAAAUUCUCUCCUGUUUGUUGUGACAUGGAGGCUCCAGCUGGUUCUACUCAAGACAUGCAAAGCAGCCCACACAACCAGUUCACCUUCAGACCGCUCCCACCACCACCACCUCCUCCGCAUGCCUGCACCUGUGCCAGGAAGCCACCUCCCACAGUGGACUCUCUUCAGAGAAGAUCAAUGACUACCCGCAGUCAGCCCAGCCCAGCUGCUCCUGCUCCUCCAACCAGCACACAGGAUUCAGUUCAUCUGCAUAACAGCUGGGUCUUGAACAGCAACAUACCACUGGAAACCAGGCAUUUCCUGUUCAAGCAUGGAUCUGGUUCCUCUGCUAUCUUCAGUGCAGCCAGUCAGAACUACCCUCUGACAUCCAAUACUGUCUACUCACCACCUCCCAGGCCGCUGCCUAGGAGCACCUUUUCUCGACCUGCCUUCACUUUUAACAAACCAUAUAGAUGUUGCAAUUGGAAGUGCACAGCCUUGAGCGCUACUGCAAUCACAGUGACUUUGGCCUUGUUGCUAGCCUAUGUAAUUGCAGUACACUUGUUUGGCCUGACCUGGCAGUUGCAACCAGUUGGACAGAUCUAUGCGAAUGGAAUUAGCAAUGGGAACACAGGGACCGAGUCCAUGGAUACUACUUACUCUCCCAUUGGAGGAAAAGUUUCUGACAAAUCAGAGAAAAAAGUGUUUCAGAAGGGACGAGCAAUUGAUACUGGAGAAGUUGACAUCGGAGCACAGGUCAUGCAGACUAUUCCACCGGGCUUAUUCUGGCGUUUCCAGAUUACUAUCCACCAUCCUAUAUAUCUGAAAUUCAAUAUUUCUUUAGCCAAGGACUCUCUUCUGGGAAUUUAUGGCAGAAGAAACAUUCCACCUACACACACUCAGUUCGACUUUGUGAAAUUAAUGGAUGGCAAACAACUGGUAAAGCAGGACUCUAAGAGCUCUGAUGAUAUCCAGCACUCUCCAAGAAACCUGAUCUUAACAUCUCUGCAGGAGACAGGCUUCAUAGAAUAUAUGGACCAAGGACCUUGGUAUUUGGCAUUUUACAAUGAUGGAAAAAAGAUGGAGCAAGUGUUUGUGCUAACUACAGCAAUUGAAAUAAUGGAUGACUGCUCAACCAACUGUAAUGGAAAUGGAGAGUGUAUCUCUGGACAUUGCCACUGUUUUCCAGGAUUCCUUGGACCUGACUGUGCUAGAGAUUCAUGCCCAGUGCUCUGUGGCGGAAAUGGAGAGUAUGAGAAAGGCCACUGUGUCUGCAGGAAUGGCUGGAAAGGACCUGAGUGUGAUGUUCCAGAAGAACAAUGCAUUGACCCAACGUGCUUUGGCCAUGGCACCUGCAUCAUGGGAGUUUGCAUUUGUGUUCCGGGAUACAAAGGAGAAAUAUGUGAGGAAGAGGAUUGCUUAGACCCAAUGUGUUCCAGCCAUGGCAUCUGUGUCAAAGGAGAAUGUCAUUGUUCUACUGGCUGGGGAGGAGUCAACUGUGAAACUCCACUUCCUAUAUGUCAAGAGCAGUGCUCAGGACACGGAACUUUUCUUCUGGACACUGGAGUUUGCAGCUGUGAUCCCAAGUGGACAGGAUCUGACUGCUCAACAGAGCUCUGUACCAUGGAGUGUGGUAGCCAUGGGGUCUGCUCAAGGGGAAUAUGCCAAUGUGAAGAAGGCUGGGUAGGACCAACAUGUGAGGAACGCUCCUGUCACUCUCACUGUGCUGAGCAUGGUCAGUGCAAAGAUGGAAAAUGUGAGUGUAGCCCUGGAUGGGAGGGCGACCACUGCACAAUUGCUCACUACUUAGAUGCUGUUCGAGAUGGCUGUCCAGGGCUCUGCUUUGGAAAUGGACGGUGUACCCUGGAUCAAAAUGGUUGGCACUGUGUGUGUCAGGUUGGUUGGAGUGGGACAGGCUGCAACAUUGUCAUGGAAAUGCUUUGUGGAGACAACUUGGACAAUGAUGGAGAUGGUUUGACUGACUGUGUGGACCCAGAUUGUUGUCAGCAAAGCAACUGUUAUGUAAGCCCACUCUGUCAGGGCUCACCAGAUCCUCUUGACCUCAUUCAACAAAGCCAGCCCCUCUUCUCUCAGCACACUUCAAGACUCUUCUAUGAUCGAAUCAAAUUUCUUAUUGGCAAGGACAGUACUCAUGUCAUCCCUCAAGAGUUCUCAUUUGACAGCAGGUAUAUCAAAAUUUAUUUUGUCCUUACUAAAAGUGCUCAUGAUUUUUCCUUCAGAAUGAAAGAAAAUUGUCCUCUAAAGAUCAAGUGGUUUCUCAUCUCUUCAAACAUUAUUGCAUCUUUUUUAUGA